UCGCUGUCUCCCCAGCGGCCGCACUGCCCCUACCGCUCUCCCCUCGCCGCCACAGGUCACAGCAGCAGCAGCAAGCAUGGACAUUACCAUCCAGCACCCCUGGUUCAAGCGUGCCCUGGGACCCCUCAUUCCAAGCCGUUUGUUCGACCAGUUUUUCGGAGAGGGUCUCCUCGAGUAUGAUCUCCUGCCUUUGUUCUCUUCCACUAUCAGCCCCUACUACAGGCAGUCCCUCUUCCGCAGCGUGCUGGAGUCGGGCAUUUCAGAGGUGAGGUCUGACCGGGAGAAGUUUACAAUCAUGCUGGAUGUAAAACACUUCUCUCCUGAAGACCUGAGUGUGAAGAUCAUCGAUGACUUUGUGGAAAUCCAUGGCAAGCACAGUGAAAGACAGGACGACCACGGCUACAUCUCCCGUGAAUUUCACCGCCGGUACCGCCUGCCUGCCAACGUGGACCAGGCUGCCAUCACCUGCUCCCUGUCCAACGACGGCAUGCUGACCUUCUCGGGCCCCAAGGUCCCCUCCAACAUGGACGCCGGCCACAGCGAGAGGCCCAUCCCUGUGUCCCGGGAGGAGAAGCCCACCUCCGCGCCUUCCUCCUAAGCCCGCCUGCCGCCACGGUACGCAGGCCGCCACCAUCUGCAGGUCUCAUUCCCAGAGCCAUUGCUUAGAUAUCAGUGAAUAUCUAGAGGGGUUUAUUGUGUUGGUUCCCCCCCCUCCCUCCCUUUGUUUCUUUUUUUCUUUUUUCCUCCCUUUCCCUCGGAUGGGACAGGGGGCUGGGUGAGCGGCUGGGGGACUUUGAAGCUUAAGCCUGCGAGCUGUGCUGUGGGGAUGGCGUGGAUGGCACGUGCUGCCACGCUGUUGUUCUUGCUGAAAGGGUCUUCGUC